UAUGGUAAUGAAUUUGCAAAUGUUUUAGAGCAUGGGAUCUUCUUCCAUUAAUGGUGCCUCUGGCUGUGGCUCCCACACGCAACUCUGUCUCUAUCUCUCUCUCUAGUACUCGUAUGAACUGUUGAUGGUGCUGUUGCUUGCUCUCUGGUUUGAAUAUAAUGGGAAUUGGGACGGAAUCUUCAUCCCUAUGCGCUCUUGUGUCGGUUCGUUUUCUGGAGGAGAUGCGCCGCUGUAAUGAUCGCUGCUUCUAAUUCUUACGUUUCCGCCAUGUUUAGUUACCAUUCCUCCAUCUCAUUCCGCCGUACCCUUCAGAUUCUUCUCCUCUUCACUGCCAUUUCUCUCUCUUGUCUUGUUAUUUUCAGAGAACUCGACUCCUUUCGCUACUUUCCUCUCUUCUCCUUCUCCACUUUCUCCGCUUCUCCUCCUCCUGCUUUUCCCUUAUUCCCCUCCCUCGCUGAUGACGACGAGCUUUCUGCUGAUGCUGAUGAGUAUGAACUGAGCAAGGCCUUGAAGGAUGCUGCAACAGAAAAUAGAACUGUUAUUUUAACUACUUUAAAUGAAGCAUGGGCUACUCCAAACUCAGUAAUUGAUCUCUUUCUCGAGAGCUUCAGAAUUGGGAAUCAAACUCGCCAACUAUUGAACCAUUUGGUUAUUAUUGCAUUUGACAAAAAGGCAUUCAUUCGUUGCUUGGCUAUCCAUGUCCAUUGCUUUUCUCUUGUUACUGAAGGAGUUGAUUUUCAUUCAGAGGCAUAUUUUAUGUCACAUGACUACUUGAAGAUGAUGUGGAGAAGGAUUGAUUUUCUGCGAACUGUUCUUGAGAUGGGGUACAAUUUUGUGUUCACGGAUGCUGAUGUUAUGUGGUUCAGGGAUCCGUUCCCUUUCUUUGACAUGGAUGCAGAUUUCCAGAUUGCUUGUGAUCACUACCUGGGCAUCCCUGAUGAUUUAGAUAACAGACCCAAUGGAGGGUUUAACUAUGUGAAAUCCAAUAAUCGGUCAAUUGAGUUUUACAAGUACUGGUAUUCAUCUCGAGAAACAUAUCUGGGAUACCAUGAUCAGGAUGUUCUUAAUAAGAUCAAAUACGAUUUUUUCAUCCAUGAAAUUGGACUAAAGAUUAUCUUUCUGGAUACUGCUUAUUUUGGUGGGUUCUGCGAACCCAGCAAAGACUUGAAUCGUGUACUAACCAUGCAUGCAAACUGCUGUAUUGGAAUGAACAACAAGCUUCAUGAUCUUAGAAUUAUGCUCGAGGAUUGGAAGCAUUACAUGUCUAUGCCGCCAUAUCUUAAGGUGUCAUCAAAUUCGUCUUGGAGAGUUCCACAGAACUGCAGUAUCUGAUCAUUGUUUAAUCGGCGAUUCUCCAAAGAAUUUUUGAAUCCCACCAAACUCGGAGUGGUGCAGUAUGAGCCAUCAUUUUUGCAUUGCACAUUUCGAGUUCUGUGGACCUUCUUCUCAAAGAUAGUUCGAGGUCCAGCCAUUCCAUUGUACAUCGCCAAACUGGAAAACGUGAAGAACACAGCCUAACCAUCAUUAGGAAGCUCGCUUGGUAGAAUUUCAAUUCGAUUACAUCAGAAGCCUGUAAGCACCAUUAGAUAAAAUAGACUGCAUAUUCUCCCUUGGUAGAAUUUUAAUUCGAUUACAUUAGGUGUCUGUUUGGAUCACAUAUAUAUGGCUCAUGAUUUCGGAUGUUGAAUGUCUUGGAAUAAAUGUGUUUGGAUAUGAAAUAUAA